AAGGUUCUAGGGUAGGGACGUCCCAAGGAUUCAGAAUAGCACUCCGUUGAACUGCUUCGAAACAUCUUCAUGGACUUUUGAAUGAAGUGCAAAUGGCAGUCUCGCUUAGUCGCUUCACUAAUGCAACAAAGAGGUACCCCCUUACCAUCAGGUUCCCACAGCAACCACCUCUGAGGUCAACUGAAGUGUGCAAGUCUCUCUUGUACUAAGGAGUUGUGAAUGAGACUGCCAUUGCUCCGGUCCAGAACAAACCUCACUGGACACCUCAGGCAGAGGGAGACUUCCCCAUGAAUGGAGCCCCUGCACUCCAGGAGUCUUUGCUAAAACAGAGAGAGCGACCAGAAGACUACAGCCUGAACCAGCCCUUUGGCUUUCAAACUCAAUUCAACUUCAAAUAUCUUUACAAAUAACAGACUGCAAUCAUCUGAGAAAGAGAGUGAGGAAUAAGCAUCAGAGACACUAUUGAAGCCAGACUCUGGUCUGGCGGUAAGACACCCAUACACAGUGAGCCUGCCCCUGCUGUCCUCCGAUGGAGACCCCGGGUAGAGCAAGACGCUGCUGCAACGUUACAGAUUUGAAGACACAACUCUGAGGCACGAAUGUACGUAGGUGGAGAAUGUCAAGCUACAACCUGUGAACAGGGGGACCCCCAGUAAAGGAGUCAUCCAGAGGGGAACACAGCGUUGCAGUGUGCGACAUGAAUGCAGUGAAAACUACUGAGCUGUCUGUCCACAGUAAGGAGAACAGGCAAAGUCCUGGACACCUAAAGACUAAAGAGGACGAGGAGGACCCCUGGGACAGGAAGGACCCCAGUAACCACACAACCAGGAAUCAUCCCUCAACCAUUGGGGGAAAGAAUGUUCUGCAGUUAAGACUUCAGCAGAGGAGGACUCGAGAGCAGCUUGCAGACCAAGGCAUCAUGCCUCACCCGGAGGGGGACAUAUCAUCUGUGGAGGCUCAGCUGAGGCUGAAGAGAGCUCGCCUGGCAGACAACCUCAAUGACAAACUGGCCCUGAGACCUGGCCCCAUGGAGCUGGUGCACAAGAAUAUCAUUCCCGUAGACUCUGCUGCCUUCAGACAGGCAGCCGCCACGACAGUGAACCAUGGGAAGUUUCCUAAGCAGGAGGACUCGUAUGCGUUUGAGGAGGACAGCAGCAGUGACAGUCUGUCUCCAGAGCAACACCACAGUGACGAGUCCCAGGGGUCCGCAUGCCCCUCCUCUGAGGCCAUGGGCAGCACCCCCUCCUCCUCCUCAUCACCAGCCCUCACUAGCCCUAAACAGGGGUGUCAGAACAGGGACCUGUCUGAUCAGAGCAAGGAAGAUGGCUUGUCUGCGGCUAACAAUGGGCUGUCUGCCACCCCACCCAUACCUGUCCCUGCCAUAGUCAAGUCCAAGAUAUCGGACAAAAACCGCCACAAGAAGCCCAAAGACGUGAAGCCCAAGGUGAAGAAGCUGAAGUACCACCAGUACAUCCCUCCAGACCAGAAGCCCGAGAAGUCUCCCCCUCCCAUGGACUCAGCCUACGCCAGGCUACUGCAGCAACAACAGCUCUUCCUACAGCUGCAGAUCCUCAGCCAGCAGAAACAUGCACACACACACUCCCAGCAUACACACUCCCAACACACACAGGCCCAUGCACAUCAACGACAGCCUAGUUUCAGCUACCAGCCCCUGCACCAGCCAGUCCAAGCCCAAAAACAAUCCAGUGAGCAGCUGUCGGUGGGUAGCUCCAGUGUUACUACUAACAUGAUCAACAGCAGCUCCUCGUCUCCAGUUAAGACCACAUACUCUGGUCAAACCAGCAUCUCACCAGUCAAACCUGGUCCUCUGCCACCUAACCUGGAUGACCUGAAGGUGUCAGAGCUCAGGCAGCAGCUUCGUAUCCGGGGCAUGCCCGUCUCAGGCACCAAGACAGCCCUCAUUGAGAGACUCCGCCCCUUUAAGGACCCCACCUCAAGCCCCUCGCAUUCAGGCUCCAAUGACAUCACCACGGUCACCUUCCCUGUCACCCCCACGGGGUCCCUGUCCUCCUACCAGUCCCCCUCCUCCUCCAGCGCCCUCUCCCAGGGGGGAUAUUACCCUUACCCCAGCACCUCCUCCACCCCACCCAUCUCCCCCGCUUCCUCAGACCUCUCCCGUAGCGGCUCGCUCCCAGACAGCUUCAGCGACGUGCCCAUGUCCUCUCCUCCACAGUUUGGCCUCCAGCCGUCCCCGGCCCAGCUCAGCUCUGAAGAAGGCCUGGGGGGAGGGGGUCUGAGUGGGGCAGGACUACGGGGAGGGGAAGGUGGAGGGAUGGAGGGUCUGGAGGCAGAGAAGGAUAAGAUGUUGGUGGAGAAACAAAAAGUGAUCGAAGAGCUGACGUGGAAGCUGCACCAGGAACAGAGACAGGUGGAGGAGCUCAAGAUGCAGCUGCACAAGAGGAAGCGUUGCCAUGGCGCCACACAUGAGGGUGUCCCGGCUCCGUCCCAGCCCCAUCACCUGCAUCUACAGCAAUCCCCCUCGCUGUUGGGGCAGCACUUCUUUGGAGUGACUGUCAAACAGGAGCCCAUGUCCCUCUCCUCCAGCUGCCCCCUCUCCUCCCCCAAGCACCUGAAGAGUCCUCCAGGAAGCUGCAUGGAGGGGAUGGGCCACUGCGGUGCCUCCCUGACCAAUAUGGGGGGCCCUGGUGGGCAACGAUGCCUGGACUCAGUCCCCUCCUCUGGAAGUCCCUCUGGCAUGUCUGCCUUCCUCAGCCCCCAGUGCUCUCCUCAAGACUCGCCCAUCGCCAAGACCUCCAGCAGCUCCCAGCCUUCCUCCCCCAACAACCCCUACCUGCUGUCACCGCCGCUGGGCAGAGACGGCUGUAGCCACUCCCUCAACCAGACCAGCACCAGGCCCCGCAACAUGCAGAUUCAGCAGAAGAAUGGAGGACAGGCUGUGAACUGCUCCUAUCCCUCUGACCAGAGAGGCCUUCAGUCAGUGUUCCCCAACUCCACCGACAACGGCCUGAUCCACAGGGUCAACACUAAGGCUAAGAACCCAAACAUGCAGCAGAAGAUGGCAAUAUUGCCCUCUCCCCAGCACGUUGGCCAAAAGUGCCCGGUCUCAACCCCGGCCUUCUGUAGCUCAGAUUCAACUGCAUUCGACUCUAGACAGCCCCCUUGCUAUGAGGAUGCAGUCAAGCAGCAACUGACUAGGAGUCAGCAGAUGGAUGAGCUUUUGGAUGUGCUCAUAGAGAGUGGAGAGAUGCCAGCUAACGCCAGAGAAGAGAGGGAGAGGUCCUCUGUAACCAAAGUUGUGCCUCACAUUACAGUUUCCCCCGGAACCACCUGCCUCGCCGUCCCAAAGUUCAACCAAAGACACUACGAACACCUGCCCCCCUCCCAGCUCAACUAUGACCACACAGCCAAUCACAUUGCAGACAGCCACCUGGAGAACCUGCUGGGAAGCCCCCUAGGCCGAGGGGGCGAGGUCGCCCUUCUCAAGAUGGCUGCCGAGGAAGCAGGGGAGGGGGAGGAGAGGGGUGAUGGACCUGAGAGCUACCCCAGCACCAAUCACCACCACCCUCACCAACACCCCCACCAGGACAAACUUCUCCCCAACAGGGACCUGAUGGAAACACCAGCGCCUCUAUCUGCCAUCCACCCCAUCAACGCCAAAGUGUCAUCCGUGGCCGAGGCGCAGGGGAUGGUUGGCAUGACGUUCAGCGAGUCGCCGUGGGAGACGAUGGAAUGGCUGGACCUGACGCCCCCAAGCUCGGCUACGGGGUUCAACUCCGUCCCGGCCGCUGGGCCAAGCAUUUUCAACACAGAGUUCCUGGAUGUCACAGACAUCAACCUGAAUACAGCCAUGGACCUUCAUCUAGAGCACUGGUGAAACACCAGAGACUAGCUAUGGAGCAGCUAGCCACUAUCAGCUAUCCACUAGCUGGCUAGUUACCUACAACAACAACAAAAACACAGCAGACGACUAGCUAGCUACUAGCUAGCUACCUAGAAAACACGAGACUAUAGUGUCUAGCUAGCUCCCCAAAAGACAAAGGAGACUAGCUAGCAACUAGCAUCCAGCUAGCAAAAAAAUUGCUGGGUUGAUACUGACCAGAGACACUGACCAGCAACUAAAAACACACAGCAGGAGACCAGCGGAAGAUAUCACACCAAAUUCGCCUUGGUCCCAACACCGGUUCCAGAAAACCUUACAAUGGAAUUUUAAGUGCAACGAUUUACCAAAGAACACAAGCAGAAUCACACAGAAAUGCCAUAUAGUUUUUUAAAGUUUUUUUUUUACAUGAUCUUUGUCUUCUUGGACAAUGAUGCGCACAACUACCGAAGCAGUAUGACUCUGGAUAGAUCCAUGACGGAUGUUCAUUAAAUGAAUGCUAUGGACGAAAAAAAUAUUCCAACGUUGCCUUAUGAGAAGUCUAUAGGAUUUAUGCAAGUAGUUUCUUACAGUUGUAAGUGCUAUGCCGCCUAGACUUGAAGACAAAUAUUUCGACAAUCAAUGUAUUAUUUGUGAAGAGAGUGUCUAUGUUUGUAUUACUGGAAACCAAAAGAAGACAAGCUUAAUUGGAUGAAAUCGAAUGCUAAAUUUGUAAAUAUUAUAUGGUUACUGACAGAGGCAAGUUUAGGUCUGCAUAAUUGUCAGUGGUGUGGGAGAGAACACUUUAGAAACUAUCACAAAGUCAAAUGUAUCAUUUUAGUAUGUAGUUUGAUAUUUUCAAUGUAAAUGUUUAAAAUCUCACAUUUUGCGCCUUGAUUAUUAGCCUAGAAGAUUGUCACACUUUGCUUAAGCCUAGAAUUUAUUUGCAGGGAAAGCAUUUAGUUUGCCAUUUCAUGCAAGUGCUCGUGUAGGUUUCUUCUCACGCUGAACUGGUAUAUUUAUUCACAAUAUUAUAUUAAGAUUAAUACUUAGCUUUAGUCUGAAAACCCAUUUGUCACAGUUUCGAUAAAAGGGGCAGUGUCUUCAGAUGCAGUAAUGCAUGGAUUGUAGGAAGAGACAGCAAUAUUUCACUCAGUUUGUGCCUUAAACACUUCACAAUAAGAAUCUCUUGGCAUUUCAAACAUGAAGCAUUUCCUGACUAUGUCCCCUCACACCAAACAAUGUAGCCAUUACUUGGGCCACAAAGCAUCCACAAUAAUUCAAGACCUGGUACUCUACAGUGCAUGGUUCACCACUUUUAUCACACUGCUUUGAUAAAUCAUAUUACAUUUUUAGUGCAAGGCUCCAGCUUUUUAGUCACAGCCAGGAAGUCUGAAGUAUGGCAAGAAAAUCAGUCUAAAUUUCAUCUCUAUUUUUUUCUUUAUCUACAAUAAAUUGUUUUGUAUUUGAGCUUUGGAAAAUUCACCAGUUUAUAUAUUAGUGAGCAUCACUUAGUUAUUUAUUUUUUCAUUUUUUAUUUUAUUUAUACGUUGAUAGAGUAUAUUUAUUUUUGACAUUCCUUUAUGAUAAAAAUGGGAUUCUUGAUUUACAAACUCGUAUGCCGCUGUUUUGAUCUUGCAUUGUUCUUCCCAAAACGUUGAAAAAAGAUGCCUGUUUGAAAUGGUAUAUGAAUUGAACCAAAUCAUUUACAAAGAAAAAUAUAUUUUCUAAAAACAGUGUUGUCAGUUUUCCAUGGAGAACCAACAUGAUAUAAAAAGUACUGCAUAUAUGCAGAGUAAAUAUCCAUUCUUACCAGCACUUGUGAAUAUCAAAAUGUAAUAUAUACAGAGUUUUGACUAUCCUGUGAAUCUAGCAGAGAAUAAUCUGUGUUCAAUAUGUUACAUAAAGUAUGUGUAACCUUUCUACAAACGUGGUACUAAAGCCACCAUUACACGCUGCAGAGGUUUGGGGUAGGAUCUGUACAAUGAUUUUUGAAUCCGGAAGGAAAAACAUGUUGAAAAUACAAGUUUACUGAAAUGUAUUCAUGAAAACUGUGAAUAUAGCUCAAAUAACUACCCAUCUGCAAUAGAUGUAUAUGACGUCUAUGGCUAAACUAAAUGGGACCGUUCUUGUAAGGACACAAAUUGAGACGUUAGAACAAGUAAGCAUAACUAUGGGUAUGAUUUUAAUCAUGUGACUACCAGAUUGACUGAGAUUUUGUGAUGACACUGAAAUGGGAAGAACUUUCAAAACAUUAACUCAGACUUAGUCUAGCCAUCUGUCAGAUUCGGUUCAGUAUUAUUGUUAUUUUGACCAAAGUGAGGUCAUUUCCCUCAAAUGCUCUUUAAAAAAUAUGUGUUUUAAGUAGAAGACCCUUAUUCUCUGUUACUUCUGAAGUAAGCCGUGGCACCCUUGUGUAUAGGUUUUCUGUGGUUGCAACCACCCACGUUGUCACCCCAGAUGAGUCAAGCCAUGUGUUUUUUUUUUUUACAUACAUACAUACAUACAUACAUACAUACCAACCACACACACACACACACACACACGAGUAUACAAAACAUGAACACCUGCUCUUUCCCUGACAGACUGACCAGGUGAAUCCAGGUGGAAGAUAUGAUCCCUUAUAGAUGUCACUUGUUCAGUGUAGAUGAAGGGAAGAAAACAGGUUAAGCCCUGAGACAUGGAUUGUGUGUGUGUGCCAUUCAUAAGGGGAAUGGGCAAGACAAAAGAUUUAAGUGCCUUUGAACGGGGUAUGUGCCAGGCGCACCGGUUUGUGUCAAGAACUGCAACCACGCCGGGUUUUUCACACUCAACAGUUUCCCAUGUGUAUCAAGAAUGGUCCACCACCCAAAGGACAUCCAGCCAAAUUGACACAACUGUGAUAAGCAUUGGAGUCAACAUCCCUGUGAAACACUUGACACCUUGUAAAAACAAAUAACCAAUACAAGCACAGAAGACAAUACAUGCUCCCUAUGUCCUCACUCGGCCAUUGAGCAUUUCCAACAUUGAUGCCAGGUAAUGUGCCCCUACAGCAGCUUUACCUAAUGUUGAGGGGUGAUUUUCCUUUCUCUUUUUAUUUUUUAAAUCAAUUUUUUUACAUCUGACAAAAAGCUUCCUUAUUGCUUGGCCACUGAACAGCUUUACCAUGUAAACCAAUGUGUCCACACCACUGCAUUGUUGUAGAAGAGAAAGCAAUAAACUGAAACACCAAUAA